AUGAGGAAGGCCUUCAAAGGCAGGCCUGGUGUCCAAUUCGAAGUGGGUGACUCUGCGCCAGACUUGAUGUUUGCCGAUGAUAGCGCUGUGCUCGGCGAAGACGAUACCGAGGCCACAGAUAUUCUCUAUGAUAUCGCCCGCAUCGCCCAGUCGUUUGGAUUACAGAUCAACGCAGAGAAAGCAAAGGUACUGACGACAGAUGGAUCACCGGCCACUGUCUACCUCAAUGGCGUCCAAAUCGAACAAGUCAGUGAAAAGCUUGCAUGA